AACAGAGUGUUUGGAACUUCAAAAUUCAAGCUUCGUGAAUCCGACUUUCGGUUCAGCCUCGGUUUAAGUUUUCGGUUGAUAAAACCGGAUUAGUUCUAUAGUUCGGUUUUAAUUAUCUGGUACAGUUUUGAUAUUGGUUCAACCGGGUACUCCUACUCUGAUACAUUAAACAUUGGUUAACCGUCGAGCACAAGAAGUGGUGUGGUUCCGUUAACAAGCAACGGCGAUGAAGAGACCUCGACCCCCAUCUCCACCGUCGAUCUCCGCCGCCGCAAAACCACCACUUUCUCCUCCCCCUACUCCGAUUCUCAAACAGAAGCUACAAAGAACAGGAGCACCAAAGUGGCUCCCACUAAAACUUACCCAAACGGAGCUCACACUACCGUUAACAUUCCCGACGGGUCAAACAUUCCGGUGGAAACAAACCGGACCGGUUCAGUACAGCGGAUCGAUCGGUCCUCACCUCGUCUCUCUCCGCCAGCGUCCAGGAGACGAGACGGUUUCCUACUGCCUCCACCGCAGCGCUACAAGCCCUAACGCCGCAGAGCUCGCGCUUCUCGAUUUCCUCAACGCGGAGAUCUCGCUAGCCGAGCUGUGGUCCGAUUUCGAGAUGAAGGAUCCUCGUUUCGGAGAGGUGGCGAGGCAUCUCCGCGGGGCGCGUGUGCUGAGGCAGGAUCCGUUGGAGUGUUUGAUUCAGUUUUUGUGCUCGUCGAACAACAACAUCGCGAGGAUUACGAAGAUGGUGGACUUCGUGUCGUCUUUGGGGUUGUAUCUGGGUGAGGUUGAGGGGUUUGAGUUUCAUCAGUUCCCUUCGUUGGAAAGGUUGUCUAGGGUUUCUGAGGAUGAGCUUAGAAAGGCUGGUUUUGGAUACAGAGCGAAGUACAUAACAGGUACUGUAAGUGCGUUGCAGUCGAAGCCAGGUGGUGGAGAUGAAUGGCUUCUGUCUCUACGCAAACUGGAUCUCCAAGAUGCGAUUGCUGCUCUGUGUACGUUGCCUGGUGUUGGUCCGAAGGUAGCAGCUUGCAUAGCUCUGUUUUCACUUGAUCAGCAUAGUGCCAUUCCCGUUGACACGCAUGUCUGGCAGAUAGCCACAAGGUACCUUGUGCCAGACCUUGCCGGUGCCAAACUGACAAAUAAACUCUGCAGCAGAGUGGCAGAAGCAUUUGUGAGUAAAUAUGGGGAAUAUGCUGGUUGGGCUCAGACAUUGCUCUUCAUUGCUGAGUUACCCGCACAGAAAGCUCUCUUGCAGUCCUUUUCACAGCCCAUCCAACUGGUUAAAUCUGCGGAAAAGAAAAAGUAAUGAAGCUAGCUUUGACGCCAUGAAGCCUCCAUAGAGAGCAUUGUUUCGCAUGACCAGGAAAUUCAAACCUUGAUUUUUAGUACUUGUUUAACUUUUCAUUCAUACUUUCUGAUUGUUUGUAUUGUAUUCUCUUCGCAAAUCUGUGUCACGUAUCUCGAUUCUACUUCAUUUUUAUGGUUUUGCUAACUGAAGAUCUUAUGUAAGAGAGACUGCAUCUAAUAUAUUAAAACAGAAGUACAUUUUAGAAA